CGGCAUUAUGAAGUGGUUUAUUUGAUUCACGAGGACCAUGCAAAAGAGGUUGAGAGUGUGAAUUUGAAAGUUCAAGGACAAGGCAGAAACAGAGGAAUGCCCUCCGCCUCCGGAGUUCCACACACUGCGUGCUGGUAUGGAUAUGAGGAUUAUGAUGAAUAUGAAGUAGAAGAUGUGUAUGAAGAUGAAGCAGGUGAGGAGGUUUGGGAUGAUCAAUACGAAGGAGAUAUGAUUGGGAAUGGUAUUGACAUGGAAGAUGCUAUGGAUGUGGAAAACUAUGUUGAUGAGUAUAGGGAAAGUAGAAAUAGUAAUAAACCAAGCAAUGUUGGUAAGACGGGGAGAAUGAAACUGAGACCUAAAAAAGUAGGCAGAUAG